AUGCACAAGGACGAUGCUGAGAAAACUGCUUUCAUCACAUCGUGGGGUAUUUACAACUACAAGGUGAUGACUUUUGGGUUAAAGAAUGUUUGGGCGACAUACAUAAGGGCAAUGACUACUCUGUUUCACGACAUGAUCCAUAAGGAAAUUGAAGUUUAUGUGGAUGAUGUCAUCGUCAAGUCAAAAAAGGUUUUGAAUCAUCUAGAUGAUUUCUGUUGGGGUAUAGAAUUGGAUCCAUCAAAAAUAAAAGUCAUUCGUGAUCUCCCUCCGCCGAAGAGUAAGAAAGAGAAGGAUGCUGCAGUGAAAUGGACAGACGAGUGUCAACAAGCAUUUGACAAGAUCAAAGAUUACUUGUCCAAUCCUGCUGUGUUGGUUCCACCCGAAUCUGGUAGGCUACUGAUGUUGUACAUAUCAGUGUUGGAUAAUGCUUUCAGUUGCAUCUUAGGGCAACACGAUGAAAUAGGAAAGAUGGAGCAGACCAUUGAAGACUUACUUUACAAUGGGGAAGUCACUUUUGUGGAGGAAGACAUCUCUGAAGAAUAUGAUGGUUGGCGGAUGUUCUUUGAUAGAGCUAAGAAUUUGAGCGGGUGUGGCAUCAGAGUUGUUUUGAUCUCACUAAUUGGGCAACAUUAUCCAGUAUCGAUGAAACUCAGUUUCUUUUGCUCAAACAAUAUGAAUGAAUACGAAGCUUACAUAUUGGGACUUCGACGGGGGAUUGAUUUUGAUGUCCAAGAAAUACUGAUAAUAGGAGAUUCAGACCUAUUGAUUCAUCAGGUUCGAGGCGAGUGGGCAACCAAGAAUCUGAAGUUGUCACCAUACUUGGAGUGCGUGUGUAAGUUGUGCAAAAGGAUCAUCAAGACAGAAUUCAGACAUGUACCAAGGAUCCAAAAUGAAAUUGGAGAUGCCUUAGCCAGUUUUUCCUCUACAAUUCAACAUCCUGAUCAUAAUUAUAUUGAUCCCAUUUACAUUCAUAUAUAUGAGCAACCAGCAUACAUCUUUCAUGUUGAUGAAGAGCCUCAUGAAAAGCCUUGGAGGACUUCCGACUUGGGUUUGUUAAGGUGCAUCGAAGCCGGAGAAGCUAACUGGUUGAUUGAAGAGAUACACGCGGGAACAUGUGGUCCUCACAUGAACGGUUUUACAUUGGCAAAGAAGAUUUUGAGAUUGGGAUAUUUCUGUUCACCUCGGCCAUUUGCAGCUUGGGGAAUGGACAUCAUUAGUCCAAUUGAGCCAGCAACAUCCAAUGGACAGAGAUUCAUUCUUGUUGCAAUUGACUACUUCACUAAAUGGGUCAAAGCCACCUCUCACAAAUUGGUGACAAAGAAAGUUGUAGAUGAUUUUGUCAAAAAUUAUACUAUCUGUAGGUUCAAAAUUCCCGAGUCAAUUACUGAUAACAGAACCAACCUGAAUAGUGAUUUGAUGAGGUCAUUGUGUGAGAAGUUCGAGAUCAGUCACCCAAACUCGACAACGUAUAGACCAUAA